UGACGUCACAUCCGUUAAUUUUCCUAAAUUGCCAAUUAGAGCGAGAGGAAAGAAAUCGAUGCUAUAUUUUCUUUAAAAAUGUGUAUAAUUUACAUGCAAAGAUAAAAAAUGCCUAUGAGUAAGAACAAAUUUAAUCUUCGUCUGCCCACACAGACAGGAGAUGGAGAAUCAGACGGCGGCGAUAAACCAAAUCCAAAUAUAGAAUCCCUGACACAAAAGUUAAAAGAACUAGAUAUAGACGAUCAACAGCGACAGAGAUUGGAAGCUUUCUUAACACAGAAACAGAAAGUUGGUGAACUUACAGUAGAUGUCUUUGAUAAGAUAGGAGAACUUGGAGCAGGAAAUGGUGGUGUUGUAAUGAAGGUUCGUCACCUUCCAACAGGCCUUAUUAUGGCAAGAAAGUUGAUACAUUUAGAAAUAAAACCAGCUAUUCGUAACCAGAUUAUACGAGAAUUAAAAGUACUACAUGAAUGUAACUCUCCAUAUAUUGUUGGUUUCUAUGGGGCUUUCUAUAGUGAUGGUGAAAUUAGCAUCUGUAUGGAAUAUAUGGAUGGAGGGUCAUUAGAUUUGAUAUUAAAAAAGGCAGGCAGAAUACCAGAACCAAUUCUAGGAAAAUUAACAUCUUCUGUUCUUAAAGGAUUGAUAUACCUUAGAGAAAAACAUUCAAUUAUGCAUAGAGAUGUAAAACCAUCAAAUAUCCUAGUGAAUUCACGGGGUGAAAUAAAGAUCUGUGACUUUGGUGUGAGUGGACAGUUAAUUGAUUCAAUGGCAAAUUCAUUUGUUGGAACAAGAUCUUAUAUGUCGCCUGAGAGAUUACAGGGUACCCAUUACACAGUUCAGUCUGAUAUCUGGAGUGUAGGGCUUUCUCUUGUAGAAAUGGCAAUAGGGCGUUACCCUAUACCCCCACCUGAUCCUAAAGAUAUGGAUGGUUUGUUUGGUGAGAAUGUGAUGGAAGAACACCUAGAGGCAGCACGUACAGGAAAAACAUUAAAAGGAACCAAAAGGCAUAGUUAUAACUUUCCAACUCCAUGUGCACCGGGCCCUGGCUCAGACGGGCCACGCCCAAUGGCAAUUUUUGAGCUUUUAGAUUUCAUUGUAAACGAGCCACCACCUACUCUACCAGAAGGAAAGUUUUCUGAGGAAUUUAUAGACUUCGUAAAUAGAUGUUUGAAAAAGAACCCAUCAGAAAGAGCUGAUCUGCAUUCUCUUGCUACACAUCCAUUUGUGAAGAAAGCUGAAGCAGAGGAUAUUGACAUAGGCAAUUGGGUUUGUAAAGUUAUGGACAUUAAACCAGACAGCAAAGGAUGAUAGAUAGAUGAUACAUUCCAACUAGAACAACAUGGAGGGCCUCUUACCCAGUUAACAUACAAAAUAAAUAUUGAUUUUUGAUAAAAAUUGAUAUAGUAUUAUAAACUCCUUCUUUUGUAAAACUUUUUUGACUAAAGAAACAUAUAUCUGGAGUAUGAGACAGGUGUGAUUUUUUUUUCUUGACUGUAUCUCGUGAGAUGUAUUUUUUUCUGAAUGUUUUAUAAGAAUAGAAGAAAUUUCUAAAAAUUUCUGGCAUUGAGGAAAAAAUGACAGGAUAUUAGAUUGUAUUUUGCUUAUGAAUAUUUCAGCAAGAAAGAAAUGUUUUUGCUGAUAAAUUGAGAUAUCUUUCUUGUUUCUGAUGAUGGACUUAUAAAUAAUAUAUAUGUGUAAAGCGAGACCCUUGGUAAAUGAGAAAUUUAUUGACACAAUGGUCUUUCAAUUUACAUUCUUAUCUUUCUUUAUAGUCGACAAAAUCAUCAAAUUCCACAGGAGGAUUUUCUAUGUUAUAUUUUACUUACUUUUCUUGUCAUAAAAAGAACAUAUCAGUAUCAGGUAUUUGAUAUCUAUAGUAUACUAGUCUUGUUGUCUAUAUUUAGAACAUUCUUGUAAAUUACUAACUAUAGAAGACUUUUGUUAUCUAUAUAUAGAACAUUCUUGUAAAUUACUAACUAUAGAAGACUUUUGUUAUCUAUAUAUAGAACAUUCUUGUAAAUUACUAAAUAUAGAAGACUUUUGUUAUCUAUCUAUAGAACAGUCUUGUAAAUUACUAAAUAUAGAGGACUUUUGUUAACUAUAUAUAGAACAUUCUUGUAAAUUACUAACUAUAGAAGACUUUUGUUAUCUAUAUAUAGAACAUUCUUGUAAAUUACUAAAUAUAGAAGACUUUUGUUAUCUAUCUAUAGAACAGUCUUGUAAAUUACUAACUAUAGAGGACUUUUGUUAACUAUAUAUAGAACAUUCUUGUAAAUUACUAGAUAUAGAAGUCUUUUGUUAUCUAUACAUAUAACUUUUUUUAGAUUGCUAAAAACAGAAACUUUGUUAAUUAUAUAGAGAAAACUUGUAAAUUUUAAAAAUAAAGAAGACUUUUGUUAUGUAUAUUUAGAAAAGUUUUGGAUUGCUAAGAAUAGACAAUUUGUUAAUUAUAUAGAGAACAGUCCUGUAAAUUACAAACUAUUGUACUAUCUUGACAAUUUUGUCAGAUACACAAAGCUGUCCUUUCAUAAGUGUCAUGUAAGCUUCGAUGUUUGUUGCUAUGAAUAGAACAACUUUGUUAGUAAAUAAAGACAGCUGACUAUUAUUUAAGCUUGUCAAUCAUGAAUAGUUUUGUGAAUUUCUAAAUAUUGCAUACAUGUAUUUGUUUUGUUUA